AUGACAGUUGCAUACAUUACUCUAUUAGUGAAUGAAGUUUAUUUGCCAGGAGCAUUAACCGUGGCAAAAAUAUUGAAGAAUGACUACAAAACGAGCCAUCCUUUAGUUAUAUUGCUAGAUACAAGCCAAAUUAGUGAGAAGUCGACGAAAUUAAUUGAAGACGUCUACGAUGAAAUUAUUCCUAUUGAUGGUGGCUUAAUAACGUCUCCAAUAGACAAAUUAGUUUCCCAAUUGAAUAGACUUGAAUUAGCGGUCACAUUCACCAAGAUCUUGCUUUGGAAGCAAAUACAGUACACCAAAUUGGUAUAUCUCGAUUGUGAUAUCUUACCGAUGCAAGGAAUAGACGAUUUAUUUGAGAUAGAGAUUAGCUCAAACCAAGUUGCAGCUUCUCCUGAUAGUGGAUGGCCCGAUAUUUUUAAUUCUGGGGUGAUGGUUUUGAAACCAAGCAUGAUUGUUUACAAUAAGUUAAGCGAAUUUGUCGAGACCGAGGAUAAUACUUUUGAUGGGGCCGACCAGGGACUAUUUAACGAGUUCUUCAAUAUCGCUUCUAAAGGAUUGAAUUGGGUUAGAUUACCAUUUCUAUACAAUGUGACCUUUUCGCAGUCAUAUCAGUACUUGCCAGCAUUUGAUCGCUUUUUUAAGGAUAUCAGGAUUUUGCAUUUUAUAGGUCUGCAAAAGCCAUGGAUGUUUGGGGGAUACGACAAGUUCAAGGAGUACUGGUGGAGUGCAUUUAAUAAGCAUUAUUCGCCUGAUGUAGUCCAAUAUGUCUUACAAACUACUGGGUCAGGAUCCAAUAAGGGUGAGGCAAGUGCGUUGAAUAUUGAGCCUUCCCCCAACGUCUGGGACAUAGAAUCUGUCGAUAACAAAGUACAAGAAUCGCCCGUCGACACCCCAUCAAUUUUUCCAUGGGAGGAGAGAAAGGAGAAUGCGCCACCCACAAGAGUAUUUACUUCGUUCUCGACUCACCACUCAUCAAUUAGACCGACAGAAAAGCUGCCUAAGGGAAAAAAGUUCAACAAGGUGCCCCUGAGCUAUAAGGAUGAUAUCGAGACCUCAACCAGUAGCACCAGGUCAAGGACUGGACAACCUAUGUUCAGACAAUAUGAAUUUACCGAAAGUUUCGAUCCAGAAGAAUCAUUCGACAAGGUAUCCAAAAUACCCAUCAAUUUGUUGAAGAAGAAGCUAGAGCAGGAGAAGCAAAACAAUCCAUAG